AAUCCCAUCCCGACGACGUUCGCCGCGACGUCCCCCCCCUUCCCUUCUCUCGGCUAAAUCCCCAGACGCCACCGCCGCCGCUCGCUCGUUCCGUCGCCGGAGGGCGAGGGGGAGGGGGAAAAGAUGAAGACCACCAAGGGUGGGAAGGUCAUGAACCCCACCGACGCCUUCCGCAAGCAGCAGCGGAGGAAGGAGCUCAAGCGGAACAAAAAAGAAAGGAAGAAGGUACGGGAGGUUGGUAUUCUCAAAAAGGACCCAGAUGCAAUAAAGGAUCAGAUUGACAAAUUGGAAAAGAUGAAGGCUGAUGGUGCUCUGGAUAAGGCUAGGAAACAUAAGAAAAGACAGCUUGAGGAUACUUAUAAUCUUGUUGUGAAGAAAAGAAAGGAAUACGAAGACAAAAUGAAAGAAAAGGGUGAGCAACCAGUUAUGUUCAGCCAUCUUGGACCACCAAAGAGGCGGCCUGCAGCAGACGAAGAAGACAGAGCGAAAAACCCUAUGCCUGAGGAUUCUGUUUACUAUCAUCCAACCUUGAAUCCAUCUGGGGCACCACCUCCUGGCAAACCUCCUAUGUACAAAUCAUCCAUAGGACCAAGGAUUCCACUGCCUUCCUCGUCCGGUGCUGGGCCUUCAUCUUCGAUGACAGAAUCUGAAGAAGCAGGUCCUUCCACCAUGCCGCCUCCGCCGCCGCCCCCUCCACUGCCAGCCUCUUCGGAACUUGCAGAUCCGUCGGCUCCUUUACCUUUACCCCCACCGCCCCCUCCCCCACCUAUGCCUGCUGGCGAUGCAGCAGCACCAGGCUUACCUCCGCCACCCCCACCUCCUCCCGGUGCACCUCCCAGAGAACCUGUUGUGCCAGGUCAUACAUUACUGCCACCACCUCCACCUCCGCCACAGAGGCCUUUGCAACCACCACCUCUACCUGGUGCAAAUGAGCUUACUAGUAAACAAUCUGUUGGAGAGGGUGCAACCUCGGCAGAUUCUGCACAGGCCCCAGUUGUGCUACCUCCACCACCACCUCCCCCUAGGUUACCACCAAACUCAAAUGAAAUGCAGGCUACUGAUAAUAUUGCCAGGGAUGCUCCUAUAUUGAAGGAAGAUGCCAAAAUUUCAAGGGUCUUACCGCCACCUCCACCGCAUCCAUUGCAGUUGCCACCUAUGCCUCCAAGACCUCCAAUGAUGCCUCCAACACAAUCUGAUAUGCUAACUCCAGGAACGGUCAGAUUUCCUCCACCUCCACCACCACCAGAUUCAAGGCCACCAUUUAUGCCUCCUGGUGUUGCUGCCAGGCCUCCUCCACCUCCUCCUCCAGGAUUACCUCCAGCUCAAAUGCCAAUGGCACCCUUUGGUGUACUUCCUGGUCCGCCACCAAUGUUUAGGCCUCCAUUUUUUCCAGGACCCCCUAUUCAAUCAGAAGAAUUUGCUGCCUUUGGUCCAAGGCCACAGUUACCUCAGCAGCCAUCGUAUGUCAAAUCAGCUGCCUCAACAGUUGUGAAGAGACCAUUAGCACAACAUACUCCUGAGCUAACAGCUAUGGUUCCUGCAUCACUUCGAAUUAAGAGAGAAUCUGCUCUCCCCAAACCAAAACCAAAGGCGCAGCAGCAGUCAUCAGCACCAACAUAUUCAGCCCCGAAGCCUUCAGUAGCCCCAAUAAGAUCUGUGGCCCAGCCUUCGCCCUCAGCUUCUAAGCCACAAAGUAUUGAUGACUCCUACAUGGCGUUCCUGGAAGAUAUGAAGCAACUGGGUGCUCUCGAUGAUUAGCUCAGCAUCAAGUCCCUUUUCCCUGAGGACACUCAGCUGCUGAGUCAUAAACCUGAACCUGAAGGCGAGCCUGUUCUUUGCAUCGCGGCUCAUGAAUAGCCUUCCGUGCUACUUGGAAACCAUUUAUGUUUUCCCCACGAAUAAACAUUUCAGGUCUAUUCCAGUUAGAAUGGGGGAAACCGUCAUCAUCAACAAAUCUUGUUAUUCCUGUUGCGCAACACAACUGUAUGGAACUCAUUGAAGCACUUAAAACACUUGAUUUGUCGCUCUAGCCAAUAGAGCAACAAUAUCCUCCCAGUUAUACGUCUAAUUAUUGCCCUGGACAGAUUCAGAUAAGGCCAGUCGUGGGGAACACUACUUGGAUGAAUUAUUAAGGCAACUUGAUCUUAUGCAACCAUAUUUAUUUUGCAUCA